GCAGCCGACUGACGCUGUCCGGUGCGUCAAGUCGUUGGCGUGCGUGCCCGCUUCCAAGAUGGCGGCGGCGGCGGCAGCGUCGGGCGUGCUGGGCAAGGCAGGCUGGAGGUUCCUACAGUUGCGGUGCCUGCCCGUGUCCCACUGCCGAGCGCUCCUGGUGCCACGUGCCUUCCAUGCUUCAGCUGUGGGGUUCAGGACUUCUGAGGAGCAGAAGCAGCAGCCUCCCCACUCUUUUUCUCAGCAGCAAUCUGAGCCACCAGGGGCACAAAAACCUGACGUAGAGUCUCCUCGCAUACCUCCCAGGUACACAGAGCAGAGUGGGGAGGAGGAGGAGGACUACGAGAGUGAGGAGCAGCUGCAGCACCGCAUCCUGACGGCAGCCCUGGACUUUGUGCCUGCCCACGGGUGGACGGCAGAGGCUAUUGCUGAAGGAGCCCAGUCUCUGGGUCUCUCCAGUGCAGCAGCCAGCAUGUUUGGAAACGAUGGCAGUGAGCUGAUAUUGCACUUUGUGACCCAGUGCAACGCUCGGCUCUCCCAUGAACUCGAAGAGCAGCAGAAGCUGGUGCAGCUGGGCCAGGCAGAGAAGAGGAAGACAGACCAGUUCCUGAGGGAUGCAGUGGAAACCAGACUGAGAAUGCUGAUCCCAUACAUCGAGCACUGGCCCCGGGCCCUCAGCAUCCUUCUGCUCCCUCACAACAUCCCACCCAGCUUGAGCCUGCUUACCAGCAUGGUGGAUGACAUGUGGCAUUAUGCAGGGGACCAGUCUACUGACUUUAACUGGUACACCCGCCGGGCCGUGCUGGCUGGCAUCUACAACACAACAGAGCUGGUGAUGAUGCAGGAUUCAUCCCCAGACUUUGAGGACACUUGGCGCUUCCUGGAAAACCGGAUUAAUGAUGCGAUGAACAUGGGCCACACUGCCAAGCAGGUGAAGUCCACUGGAGAGGCACUGGUGCAAGGCCUCAUGGGAGCAGCAGUGACGCUCAAGAACUUGACAGGUCUGAAUCAGCGCCGGUGAAAGGAAGGGGUAUAAACCCGAGUGCCUGGAAGAAAACGUGCAGGUAGAUUUAAAGGGUUUUAAAAAGAAGUGCAAUCUGUGGAACAAGGCGUUACUGAGAACACACUGAAGGACUCUGGAGUCACCGCAACAGCUCUGUGGGAACCACAGGGCACUCCGGGAUAGUUCUGACCUGGAACUGGGCUACUUCUUCAGUUCCUGAUCCCAGGCCUGCCUUCUGAUGCCUUUCUGCAUUACAACUGCGUGACUGGAAAACAAGACCCAUCCAAGCAUUCAAGCCACAGAAACGCAGCAUGUCCCUGUCACAGUCUCCCAGUCACCUUGGUCAUGUCUUAACCUUCCUAGAAAUGCUCUCUGGAGCUCCCAAAUCAGAGCCAAAGUCUGAAGCUACCACCAGGUGGCAGCUCAGCCCGAGCGCAGCACAGGCCGUGCAUACGGAGGUGUUCCUGUGCUGUCCUGAGGUGCUGCUCCUGUGAUCCACUCGGAAAGCUAGACAGCACCUGCUGGACUGUGGUGCUCAGCCUGGCCAGAAGUAUGAUGCAGGGGUGGCCAGUGGUGUCACAUUACACUAGCAUGCGUUGCAGGAUUAGUGUAUUUAGAAUCUGUAAAAAUAAUAAAUACGUUUGAAGCAUUUUGCUGU